UAUGUUUUGACAACUGCGCGUGGAAUCACCUCAACUGCAAUUGGAGGCGGUCUAAGCGAAGUGGAGAUGCAGCCGAACACUGCCGAAGAGACGUAGAGUUCACAUCUGCCAUGGCGCCUGGGUCAGCGACGCCUGGGGCUCCUCCUCCGCCCGCAGGGCCUCCGACGCAGAAAGUUAGCGACGUCAUCACCAGCUUCCGGCCUCAAAGACGCUUCAAGCCCAGCUCCCAAGGCACCUCGGUGACCUCGCUUGACUUUGACGACACGGGCGAGCUCGCCAUUGUAGCCCGCGACGACGACACUCUCCAAAUCUACAACUGCAAAGAAGGCAAGCAUGCCAAAGAGCUCAAAUCGCAAAAGUACGGCGUGCAUCUCGCCCGCUUUAGCCACCAUGCGCAGAGCAUCAUCUACGCCUCCACCAAGGUCGACGACACGAUUCGCUUCCUCAGUACGCAUGACAACAGCUACAUACGGUAUUUCAAGGGGCAUACCGAUACCGUGACGAGCAUACAGCUGUGUCCGAGCUCAGAUACCUUCAUGAGCUGCUCCAAAGACAACACCGUGAAGCUGUGGAAUCUGUCCAGUCCGAGUUACCAUGGCCUGCUUAAUCUGCACGCGCCGUAUCUCGCAGCCUAUGAUCCUUCGGCGACCGUCAUAGCAAUCGCUUCACCACAAACACACUCCGUUUUACUUUACGACAUACGAAACUACGACAAGCCGCCGUUUGCCCACUUCGACCUGCUCGAGCUGGAGCAACGCUUCCUCGGGUCACAGAAGGGCGAUUGGACAAAGAUUGAGUUUACCAAUGACGGCAAGAACUUGAUCAUCGCCACAAACGGUGCCGGCCACUUUGUGCUCGACGCCUUCUCGGGCGAUAUCCAGCAUUUCUGCUACCGUAAAGCCGGAUCCUCUGGUCGUCUCGCACCCGGCGCAUCUUCUAAUCACAGCAAUGGCACGGCCAAUGGCAAUACACCCGCAAAUGGGCAGGGAGACGUGUGCGUCACGCAGGAUGGCCAGUACCUCCUCGGCGGUAGCGGCGACGACGGUCUUUUGGUGUGGCACAUUGCAAAGGCACCAGCGCCGAACAACAUUCUCGAGCCCAUGGAGAAAUUACCUGGACAAGGGAAGAGCGCGAUUGUGGGGGUGAAUCCUAGGACGAAUCUGAUAGCGACCGCGGAUAAGGAUCUUUUGCUGUGGCAGCCGGAUCCGGACUUGAUGAUGUGAGAAAGCGUGAAGGACAACGAUGACCGAAUGAGAGCAAAUUUUACGUUUUUCUGUAGCAGAAGCGUUCCAGAAAAGAGCAGGUAGCGGCUGUCAACAUCUCUAUCUGGAUCAACGACGCCCUCCCAUACUGUAGACUCUAGGGACCUGGCUCGCCAGGAUAAGGGGGGGCAUGCAUGCAGAAACAUGUUGGUUUUAGUGCGAAAUGCCUCACAUAUCAGGACGCAAAGUCAGCCUACGCCAAUGGGCGCAUUUCAACAUUUAUCACAAAUAGAUGAGAAUUCAAUUUGAAUCAGACAAC